UAUGUUCUGUGGCUGAGCUCCAAAGUCCAAAAGUCCAAAGAUUAGUGAAUUACGAAGGCGACCAAACAGACCCCCCGCUCCCGUGCACUGCUCAUGGCCGACAAUCCCCUGGGAAAACGCAGCGGAGAAAUUCUGGAGAUCUAAACCCCGGCACGAAGCUAGGCGAACUGCAGCCUGCAGGUCGACAUCUAAUCCAUUUCUUGCCGCUUCAGCUUCAGGUAUUGCGCUUCUUCCAGUUGCAUCCUGGUUAAUUGCGUUGAGGGGGACUGACUGGUGUCUGGUGUAGUUGGAAGGCAGAGCUUCGCGGCAGCGAAGAUGAGCAGCAGAUACAGGGCUGACAGAGGGAGGGCUGCCUCAGAUAUGACAAGGAAGCUCAGAGAGUUGCUUCAAAAGAGCGACAACCGCAUAUGUGCUGACUGCAGCGCACCUGAUCCCAAAUGGGCAUCAGCUAAUAUUGGAGUAUUCAUUUGUCUAAAAUGCUCUGGUGUUCACAGAAGCCUUGGGACACAUGUUUCAAAGGUGCUGUCAGUCACUCUAGAUCAAUGGGCAGAUGAUGAGAUCAACUCCAUGAUAGAAGUUGGUGGAAACUCUUAUGCCAAUGCUAUAUAUGAAGCAUUUCUGCCAGAGGGCUAUCACAAGCCGCAUCCAGAUUCUAGCCAGGAAGAGAGAGCUGAUUUCAUCAGGUCAAAGUAUGAGCUGCAAGAAUUUUUGAAGCCAAGCCUGAGGUUAGUUUCUAAUAAGGGCUCUUUAGAGGCUACCAGCUCUCGGAAACAUACCGGCAGUAAUGUCUCUCUUUCUGCUAGUUUCAACAGUGAGGCUGGAAUGGUUGAGUUUAUCGGAAUACUAAAAGUUAAAGUAAUAAGAGGGACUAAAUUAGCUGUAAGAGACCUGAUAAGUAGUGACCCCUAUGUUGUACUGACCCUAGGACAACAGAAAGCAAAGACUUCUGUGAUUAAACGUAAUCUGAAUCCUGUUUGGAAUGAAGAGCUUAAGCUGUCAGUUCCUCAGCAGUACGGGCCUCUGAAGCUUCAAGUGUUCGACCAUGACAUGCUAUCAAAGGAUGACAAAAUGGGCGAUGCCGAGAUUGACCUGCAGCCGAUGAUCAGUGCAGCUACAGCGUUUGGCGACCCUGACCUACUCGCGGACAUGCAGAUCGGCAAGUGGCUCAAGUCCCCCGACAACGCGCUGGCGAGGGACAGCGCCGUCAAUGUCAUCAGUGGCAAGGUCAAGCAGGAGGUCUCUCUGAUGCUACAGAACGUGGAAUCCGGGGAGGUAGAACUAGAGCUGGAGUGGAUACCUCUCAAUCAGUAGAAUUUGAAUUCACCGGUUCGCUUGUCUAAAAAGCCAUGACUGAAAGUACUGUUCGCUGAAUUUGUUACGAGAAAAAAACACUACAGAUAAGUUGAAGCGAACAGGGUUGAGUCGUGAUGUUCUUGGCCAACUUGAGAUUGUCAGGAUGCCUACAGUGUUGCACAGUAUCUUUGCGCCUGUCAGCCUGUGAUGCUGAUGGAGCAUUUGAUGAUUAUGUAGCAUGGUAAUCUGAGGACUCACCUAAUAAUCCGUGGUUCAUGAGAUUGUAAGCAAUGGAAGGUUACUCUAAAACA